AUGGCCAGCGAGCGCGAGGAAGCCUACGCCGAAUGGGCUCAACACAUGGAAAAUGUGCAAAGAGCGCAUCCAGAAACUGAUGCCAAGUUGAGCACAGAGUGGUGGAAGCCCGCUGUUGACUUUCCCCUCGACAUCAAGCAACGGUUCGGGGUUGAAGUGUAUACGAAGAUGAAUGUUUUGCUCCAAAAGAUUUAUACGGGGAAUAUGACGCCCGAGGACAGAGAGAAGACAAUGCAAGAGGCUCGGGAAUGCCUCAAAGAUGACCCAGAUUUGUUGAAGCGUUUUGAUGACAUCCUCGAGGCUGUUGGCCCCGGGUUUUGGGAUGUGAUGGAAAUGAUCAAGUCGAAUUCCAAUGCCAGCGCGUCUAGCGACCAGUAA